AUGCCUACCAUGCUGGUUGAAAGCAAACCUUCUACUGGUGCCGACUUACCCCCUUCAUUUUAUGACGGCACCCACCUUGACUGGGAAGCUUUUCGGCAACAUGUUCUGGGACCACAUCGUAUAAGAGUCGUUAGCUCAGCGCCCAAAGACAAGAUGCCAUCCAGUCUUUUCGCUAUGAUUGAAGCUGCGAUGCCUGGUGCUUCAAAGUUCGAUGAGCUCAAGAACGCUUUUCAAAAGCAGGUGCAGGUGGGAAGGGGGUUUGGACCUUCGCCUCUCUUUCCUCCAAAUCUCCUGCCGCCAUCCUUCGACGAACCCAAUCUCGCCCGUUGCAUGAUCCCUUGCUUCAGUCGCGAAACUCUUCCGGCCCGUAUCGUCAACCAGACGGGCCCAUUCUACGAGUUAUCCAUUCCUCGUUCAGGACUUGGUUGUGGUUUCUCUGUCUCAGCGUUGACCAAAGACGAACUCAAUAUACUGCCUGCUUGGAUGGUCACAACAGGCACUACUGUUCACUUCGACAGUGGAUAUGUCUCACCUGGCGCUGCAGUGUAUUGUCCUUUCUUGAUCUUCGAACGUGCUUAUGGUGACAUGGAGCGCCGGCUCCAGGUUGCCAAUAAUCAGUGCGCCACCGGUGGCGCGUGUUGCGUGAAAGCUCUUCAGAUGUUGUAUUCCAAAGCCUGGACAGGGCCGACAAUGCCUCAGCCUCCCAUCGCAUUCUCAUGUGUCAUUGAGAACACCUUUGCGGUAGUCAACAUGCACUGGAUUGAUCAUGGUCAAUCCUACUGCAUGGCUCCCUUGUGCAAGUUUGAUUUGACCAACCAUGAGCAUUUUGUCCACUUUCUUGUCUGGAUCGACUCGAUUGGUAAAUGGGCACUUGGACACCUCUUGCCUCUAGUCAAGACUGCGCUGGGGCGUCUUCAGCAGCUAGACUCACCACCUCCAACUCCCAAAGCGCCUCGCCUCACUCUCAAUACGACCGAUUCUUCGAACGAAGCAAUCAUCAAGUGUCUUCAAACCACGUUUGAUGGCAUUCCGUGGAGAUUUGAGGAUGAUGAGUUCACUCCUGUCAGCAGCAGCACUGCGAGCUGGGGAAGUCCGCUCAUGAUUGAAACCAAUUUCUUUAAUCAAGCAAUUCAACUGCGGCACCCAGGACGCACUCCUACCUCCGCCGGACCUAGGAAGCAAUUCCUCCCGCAGCUUGGUCAGCUACCGACACCACCACCAGCCUAUGCGCAGAGCCCCGACUUAGUCUGGCAAAAGCGUCUUACACAUGCCAUGGAUGAGAUUCGAGACCUCCAAAAACAACUAGAAGAUCUGAGGAACGAUGUCAAAUGUUCGAAUGAUUCAAUUCAGGUCGAUUUGUCUGGUAUUAAGACAACGCUGCAGUCUGUUCUGCGUAAAGAGACCUUGACAGUCCGCCACAGGGCAGGGUCUCUUGGUGUACAAGAGGCGUGGCUGUCUCAGACUCUUUCGCGAAGUCCCUUGAUCAAUGAGAUUCGCCCUUCCGACACUGUAGAAAAACAAGGGCCUCCUCAGGACGGCAGCGAUAAGUCUGGAUCACUUCUGCCAGAGCCCUUAUCCCCGGGCCUGCCCUCUCCGGGUUUGAUCUCACCAGGCCUGGCGUCACCGACCUUCUCAGUCUUCAGCGAAAGCAACAUGGUCAUGAUACCCCCUGCGCCUCCAAAAUCUGCAUCCUUUUUGAAGUUCGUCGGCGCCAUGGCCACGGGACACUUCAUUGGCGCCCUAAUUCCGAACAUGUUGAUACGGAUUUUCGUCCUGGGUUGCAUCACAGACGUCUGCAUGCUCGCCUUUGCCAGUCCCCAUCUUCCAAGUUCCGCUGAAUAUCUUUUCUCAUUGUGGCGGUCUCCACGUUGA